AUGGAAGCUAUCAAAGCAACGUUUGCGAAGUGCAAGCAGGAGAAACGCUCUGCGCUAGUCACCUAUGUCACAGCUGGAUACCCGACUGUUGAAGAGACGAUUGAUAUUUUACUGGGGUUGGAGAAUGGAGGAGCUGACGUAAUCGAGCUCGGUCUACCCUUCACAGAUCCGAUCGCCGACGGUCCCACGAUUCAAAGAGCCAACACUCAAGCCUUGCUCAAUGGCGUCACAAUCCCCAUGGUUUUGGACAUUGUCCGCAACGCCCGGCAAAGGGGUCUUCAGGUCCCCGUUCUAUUCAUGGGAUACUACAACCCGUUGCUACAAUAUGGAGAAGAGCGAAUGCUAAAAGACACAAAAGAGGCUGGUGCAAAUGGUUUUAUCAUGGUGGAUUUGCCCCCUGAGGAGGCUGUGCGAUUCCGUAAUCUGUGCACCUCGACUGGAUUAUCAUAUGUGCCUCUCAUUUCGCCUGCCACAUCCGAUUCGCGCAUGAAGCUUCUAUGCAAGAUUGCCGAUUCGUUCAUUUAUGUUGUUUCGCGAAUGGGUGUCACUGGCGCCACGGGUUCACUCAGCACUGGUCUGCCCGAUCUCCUGAAACGAGUCCACCAAUACUCGGGAAACAUCCCCGCCGCAUUGGGAUUCGGGGUUAGCACUCGCGAACACUUCUUGGCUGUCCAGGAACUUGCGGAAGGUGUCGUUAUUGGAAGUCAAAUUAUUACAGUCCUCGGACAAGCUGCCGAAGGUCAAAGGGCGCAAAAAGUCGAGGAGUAUAUUACCAGCGUCACCGGCCGCAAGUUGGAGCGAGAUGCUCAUGGUAAGAUUGCCAAUGUCAAAACAAUCCUUGAAGUCGUCGAGAAGAAGCCUACAGAGGACGAGGAUUUGUCUCAACCUACCGCCGUCAUCACUGAAGGCGAACCUGGUGUUGGUGCUGGAGCGCCUGGUCCCGUCGACCAGCUUGAGAGUUUGAAUGGAGGUGACCCAUCUGCUUUGCCUGAUCGCUUCGGAGAGUUCGGUGGACAGUACGUUCCAGAAUCUCUUAUGGACUGCUUGGCGGAACUAUUGAAAGGAUUCAACGAAGCCAGGAAUGACCCCAAGUUCUGGGAGGAAUUUCGCUCUUAUUACCCCUACAUGGGCCGCCCCAGCAAUCUGCAUCUCGCUGAACGCUUGACGGAGCAUGUCGGUGGUGCGAACAUUUACCUCAAGAGAGAAGACCUGAACCAUACUGGAAGCCACAAAAUCAACAACGCCCUUGGUCAGGUCCUCCUUGCCCGAAGACUAGGAAAGAAACGCAUCAUUGCCGAGACUGGUGCCGGUCAGCACGGUGUCGCAACCGCAACUGUCUGCGCCAAGUUCGGUAUGGAAUGUGUUAUCUACAUGGGUGCCGAGGAUGUGCGUCGUCAAGCAUUGAACGUUUUCCGUAUCAGACUUUUGGGUGCAUCAGUUGUCGCUGUCGAUGCCGGUACGAGGACCCUUCGCGACGCUGUCAACGAAGCAAUGCGCGCCUGGGUCGUCGAUCUUGACACUACUCACUACAUUAUCGGAUCCGCCAUUGGACCUCAUCCUUUCCCCACGAUUGUGCGUACCUUCCAGUCUGUCAUUGGUGACGAGACCAAGGAACAAAUGAAGGAGCUUACUGGAAGAUUACCCGACGCCGUUGUCGCUUGUGUCGGUGGUGGAAGUAACGCAGUCGGCAUGUUCUACCCCUUUUCCAACGAUCAUAGCGUUCAACUGCUCGGUGUCGAAGCUGGUGGUGAUGGAGUUGACACAGGCCGUCACGCCGCCACCCUGAGCGGCGGAUCCAUGGGUGUCCUACACGGUGUACGCACCUACGUCCUCCAAGAUAAGCACGGUCAAAUCCAAGACACCCACUCCGUCUCCGCAGGUCUGGAUUACCCUGCCGUCGGACCUGAGUUGAGUAAUUGGAAAGAAAUGUCCCGCGCAAAAUUCAUUGCUGCCACCGACGCUGAGGCCUUCCAGGGGUUCAGGAUGCUUACUCAGCUUGAGGGUAUCAUUCCUGCAUUGGAGUCAUCGCAUGCCGUCUUUGGAGCUAUGGCGCUUGCGAAGACGAUGAAGAAGGGUGAGAAUAUUGUGUUGAAUCUGAGUGGUAGAGGUGACAAGGACGUGCAGAGUGUGGCUGAAGAACUUCCUCGUCUUGGACCUCAGAUUGGCUGGGAUCUGAGAUUUUAG